GUCGACACGAAGCCUCUUCGGUGCCCUUGUUCACGUUACUCUCUUUUCGGCAUCCUGUUUUCUCAUCAUGGCAAUCGAGGCAAACGUGUCCUGGGACACGAUUGGUCCUUUCAUUGUCUGGCAGUUUAUCAUUCCUUUGGUCGCAGGAUGGACGCAAACAAUCCUCUACGGCAUCUUCAUCCGUGCCGGUGACCCCAAACCGCCUCCCGGGUCUCUCCGCUUCGUCAGACACCGUCGGCAGCUCCUAAUGCUGAUCUACGCUGCCUACUUCGCCUUCAUCAUCUACGAGAUCGACUUCAACCUGCAGCGCGCGAGCAAUGCGUACAACGACCUCGGCGUGCCUGUAAAUGUGGGCGAGAGUGGGCUGCAGUCGCGGUUUAGGAAGCUGACGGUGCGCUUCCACCCCGACAAGGUGGGGCCCAAUGUCGACCAGGAAGCCGCGAACAACUACUACGUGCACCUGAAGCACGCACGGGAUACAAUACUCGACCCUGCGAAGCGCUUUGCGUACGACAGGUUUGGCCCGGACGUGCUGCAUCAGUGUCAGCAGUGCUUGACUGUGCGCGACUACACCAGCCAUGCGCUUCUGGUCGUACUGUAUACUUACGGCGCCCUCCUCAUUUUCCUCGUCGGCGCAAAUGCCCUUGGCUUCUUCAAAGACGGGGCAUACUGGCGCUACUGGGCUGUCCUCGCCAUUGCCACCUUCGAAGUCCGCACAGCGUUGCGGCCAGACCACCCGCCGUUCCUAUCCCAGUACCUCAACCCGCUCCUUCUAUCCUUAGGUCUACGCCCCGCCUACCUCCCCUUUCAAGCCACACUUAUCAUACGCAAAGCCUCUCUAUCCGCUGCACAGUUUCUCGGCCUCCUGAUCCCGCUGUAUCGCGACGACCCUCAGAAGCCCGCAAGGCCCGCUGACGACUCGGAAGAGGCUCGGCAUAGGCAGCUCGAUCGUCUCGAAGCUGUCGUACGAGAUGCCACUAUGGAUACUUCGCGACUUCUGGAUCUCGAAUCUGUCCCAUUCCGUGAGAAUGAGAAGGCGAAGAGUGAGCUGCGAGAUGCGUUGAAGAAGUACAUGGUGCAGAAUGUCGUGCAUCAAGAGCGGAAUGUGAGGAACGCUAUUGGUCAGAGUAUCGCGAGGCGGAGGGCAGGAGUUCCGCCUGGGGCUAAAGGGAACAGAUGAGAAUUCCUAAUGCAAUUACUUUAGUAUUACUAUU